CCUGAAUUCAAUCUCCAUCACAACGCGUUACUCCUACAACCUUUUCUGUAUCUCCUUCCUUCCUUCUUUACUCUUCUUACGAAUCGCGAAGUCGAAACUUCGCCACGAACAUUCCCUCAUUAUACGGCUUUAAUACUGCUCCGAGAGCUGUACCAACACAAAUACCCUAUUACGUGUCAGCACCCUGACACCCUUAUUCCGGAGUUGAGGACAGGCCUUGCCAACUGCGCGCCAUCAGCGCAAGCCCAUAAUAAAGAUGGCAGCUCUUCCCAUCAAGUUCACUGAGCUUCUUCAGUUGACCAGUGUUGGAGUUGAACCUGCCUCAAUUGGAUUCAACACCUGUACACUCGAGUCCGACUCCUUCAUCUGCGUCCGCGAGAAGAAGAACGAAGCUGCAUCACCGGAAGUUGUUAUCAUAGACCUCAAACAAAAUAACAAUGUGACGAGGCGACCCAUCAAGGCCGAUAGUGCCAUCAUGCACUGGAACAAGCAGAUUAUUGCGCUCAAGGCUCAGUCGAGAACACUUCAAAUAUUCGAUCUAGAGCGGAAGGCGAAGCUGAAGUCGGCGACAAUGAACGAGGACGUUGUGUUCUGGAAAUGGUUCAGCGAGACCACUCUGGGCCUUGUCACAGAUACCGCAGUUUACCACUGGGAUGUCUUUGACCAGAACCAAGCACAGCCAGUUGAGGUCUUUAAGCGCCAUGAGAACCUCCAGGGUUCGCAGAUAAUAAACUACCGCGUCAGCGCGGACGGAAAGUGGAUGGUCGUCAUUGGCAUCUCCCAACAGCAGGGCCGUGUCGUUGGAGCCAUGCAAUUAUACUCGAAGGACCGUGGUAUCAGCCAGGCUCUCGAGGGCCACGCAGCAGCAUUUGGCACCCUGCGCUUAGAGGGCGCGCCUGCCGAUACGAAGGUUUUCGCAUUCGCCGUCCGCACAGCCACCGGCGCGAAGUUACACGUUGUGGAGGUCGACCAUCAAGCGUCAAACCCCGCUUUCCCAAAGAAGGCGGUGGAUGUAUAUUUCCCAGCAGAGGCAGUCAACGAUUUCCCAGUCGCCAUGCAGGUUUCGGAGAAGUACAGCAUCAUCUACUUGGUGACAAAGUACGGCUUCAUUCACCUCUACGACUUGGAGACCGGCACCUGUAUUUUCAUGAACCGCAUUUCGAGCGAAACGAUCUUUAUUACAGCGUCUGAUUCCGCAUCCGAGGGUCUUGUCGGUGUCAACAGGAAGGGCCAAGUGCUCUCCGUGGCCGUGGACGAGGCAACCGUGAUUCCAUAUUUGCUUCAGAACCCAGCAAACUCCGGCCUGGCCGUCAAGCUUGCGUCUAGAGCAGGUCUACCUGGAGCAGACAACCUUUACGCACAACAGUUCGAUCAGCUUAUCAACGCAGGCAACUACGCUGAAGCUGCCAAGAUUGCUGCAAACUCCCCCAGAGGUUUCCUCCGCACACCCCAGACAAUCGAGCGCUUCAAGAACAUCCCGGCCCAGCCUGGACAGCUCUCCAUCAUCCUUCAAUACUUUGGUUCGCUUUUGGACAAGGGUGAUCUCAACAAGCACGAGACUCUUGAGCUUGUCAAGCCAGUUCUCGCCCAGAACCGCAAGCAUCUCAUCGAGAAGUGGAUGAAGGAGAGCAAGUUGGACUGUUCAGAAGAGCUUGGAGAUCUUGUCCGCCCACACGAUUUGGCUCUUGCCCUGAGCAUCUACCUUCGCGCAAACAUCCCACAGAAGGUGGUUGCAGCAUUCGCUGAGCUUGGCCAGUUCGACAAGAUUGUGCCUUACUCGAGCCAGGUUGGCUACCAGCCGGAUUACAUCGUCCUGCUCCAGCACAUUGUUCGUGUCAACCCAGAGAAGGGAACCGAAUUCGCCACCCAACUCGCCAACAAUGAGGGUGGCUCACUCGUGGAUGUCGAGCGCGUCGUCGACAUUUUCCAAUCGCAGAACAUGGUUCAGGCUGCCACUGCUUUCCUCCUCGAUGCCUUGAAGGACAACAAGCCUGAGCAGGGCCACCUCCAGACACGCCUGCUUGAGAUGAACCUCAUCAAUGCUCCCCAAGUCGCCGAUGCUAUUCUCGGCAACGAGAUGUUUUCUCACUACGAUAAGGCUCGCAUUGCACAGCUGUGCGAGCAAGCCGGGCUUUCCCAGCGUGCAUUGGAGCACUACGAGGAUCCGGCAGCUAUCAAGCGUGUCAUUGUCAACAUCGUUGCCACGCCUACUUUCAACCAGGACUGGCUCACCAACUUCUUCGGCCGCUUCUCCGUUGAGCAAUCGCUGGAUUGCCUGGAUGCCAUGAUGAAGUCCAACAUCCGCCAGAACCUGCAAGCUGUUGUGCACAUUGCCACGAAGUACUCCGACCUGCUUGGUGCUACCAAGUUGAUCGAUCUCUUCGAGAAGUACAAGACUGCCGAGGGUCUGUUCUACUACCUUGGCAGCAUCGUCAACGUCAGCGAGGACCAAGAUGUCAACUUCAAGUACAUUGAGGCCGCGACGAAGAUGCAACAAUUCAACGAGGUUGAGCGUAUUUGCCGUGAUAGCAACCACUACAACCCCGAGAAGGUGAAGAACUUCCUCAAGGAGGCCAGGCUGACUGAGCAACUUCCUCUCAUUAUUGUUUGCGAUCGUUUCAACUUUAUCCACGAUCUUGUUCUAUACCUAUACCAAAACCAGCAUUUCAAGUCGAUCGAGGUUUACGUUCAGCGUGUUAACCCAGCAAGAACCCCGGCUGUCAUUGGCGGCUUACUUGAUGUUGACUGCGACGAGAGCAUUAUCAAGAACCUCCUGCAGACUGUCAACCCAACGUCGAUCCCUAUCGACGAGCUGGUUCAGGAGGUUGAGACCCGCAAUCGUCUGAAGAUCCUUUUGCCAUUUCUUGAGGCCACCCUUGCCUCUGGCAACGAGCAGCAGGCAGUCUACAACGCCCUGGCCAAGAUCUACAUCGAUAGCAACAACAACCCAGAGAAGUUCCUGAAGGACAACAACCAGUACGAUACUCUCGUUGUCGGAAAGUACUGCGAGAAGCGUGACCCCAACCUUGCAUUCAUUGCAUACAGCAAGGGCCAGAACGAUUUGGAGCUUGUGAACAUCACCAACGAGAACUCCAUGUUCAAGGCACAGGCUCGCUACCUUCUUGAGCGUGCGGAUGAGGAGCUCUGGAACUUCGUUCUCAGCGGAAACAACAACCACCGCAGAUCGCUCGUUGACCAGGUCAUCUCAACGGCUGUUCCCGAGUCCAAGGAGCCAGAGAAGGUUUCCGUUGCUGUUUCUUCUUUCCUGAAGAAUGAUCUUCCCGUGGAGCUCAUUGAGCUGCUGGAGAAGAUUGUUCUUGAGCCUUCCCCAUUCAGUGAUAAUGGCAGCCUCCAGAACCUCCUUAUCUUCACUGCCACCAAGGCUGAUAAGAGCAAGGUCAUGGAUUACAUCCACCAGCUCAACGAGUAUACUACGACUGAGGUGGCUGAUAUCUGUAUCGAGGUUGGUCUCUACGAGGAGGCCUUUGAGGUCUACAAGAAGAUCGACGACCAUCCCAAAGCGGUCAACGUUCUCGUUGAACACAUUGUGAGCAUUGAUCGUGCCCAGGAGUAUGGUGAGCGCGUCGAGCUUCCAGAGGUCUGGAGCCGCGUUGCCAAGGCUCAAUUGGAUGGUCUUAGAAUCAGCGAUGCCGUGGAGUCUUAUAUCCGCGCACAGGACCCCAGCAACUACAAGGAGGUCAUCGAGUACGCCGUUCCCGCCGGAAAGGAUGAGGAUCUCAUCAAGUACCUCAAGAUGUCGCGCAAGACUCUCCGCGAGCCAGAGAUCGACACUGCGUUGGCGUUUGCAUAUGCCCGCACUGACCAGCUCUCUGAGUUGGAGGACUUCCUCAAGGGUACAAACGUUGCAGAUAUCGAGGAGUCUGGUGAUAAGGCUUACGCCGAGGGUUACCACCAAGCCGCCAAGAUCUUCUUCAGCAGCAUCUCCAACUGGGCCAAGCUCGCUACCACCCUUGUCCACCUCAGCGAUUACCAAGCCGCUGUUGAGUGUGCUCGCAAGGCCAACAACAUCAAGGUCUGGAAGCAGGUCAAUGCUGCCUGCGUGGAGAAGAAGGAGUUCCGUCUUGCUCAGAUCUGUGGUCUUAACCUGAUUGUUGACGCCGAAGAGCUUCAAGAUCUUGUCAAGCAAUACGAGCGCAAUGGCUACUUUGACGAGCUCAUCGCUGUGCUCGAGCAAGGCCUUGGUCUUGAGCGUGCUCACAUGGGCAUGUUCACUGAGCUCGGCAUUGCCCUGUCCAAGUAUCACCCUGAGCGUGUUAUGGAGCACCUGAAGCUGUUCUGGAGCCGUAUCAACAUCCCCAAGAUGAUCCGUGCUUGCGAGGAGGCUAACCUCUGGCCUGAGCUGGUCUUCCUGUACUGCCACUACGACGAGUGGGACAACGCUGCUCUUGCCAUGAUGGAGCGUGCUGCCGAUGCUUGGGAGCACCACUCCUUCAAGGACAUUGUUGUCAAGGUUGCCAACUUGGAGAUCUACUACCGUGCUCUGAACUUCUACCUUCAGGAGCAGCCGUCUCUCAUCACCGAUCUUCUCCAGGCUUUGACUCCGAGAAUCGAUGUCAACAGAGUGGUCAAGAUGUUUGAGAAGUCGGACAACAUCCCACUCAUCAAGCCAUUCCUUCUCAAUGUUCAGACACAGAACAAGAAGGCUGUCAACAACGCCAUCAAUGACUUGUUGAUUGAGGAGGAGGAUUACAAGACUCUUCGCGACUCUGUCGAGAACUACGACAACUACGACCCUGUUGAGUUGGCGCAGCGCCUCGAGCGCCACGACCUGGUCUUCUUCCGCCAGAUCGCUUCCAACAUCUAUCGCAAGAACAAGCGUUGGGAGAAAUCGAUCGCUCUGUCCAAGCAGGACAAGCUUUACAAGGAUGCUAUUGAGACGGCGGCGAUCUCAGGCAAGUCGGAUGUCGUGGAGGAGUUGAUCCGCUAUUUCGUCGACAUUGGCAGCAAAGAGUGUUACGUUGGCAUGCUCUACUCGUGUUACGACCUCAUCCCGCUUCACAUCGUCAUGGAGCUCUCAUGGCGCCACGGUCUUACCGAUUUCACGAUGCCAUUCAUGAUCAACUUCUUGGCCCAACAAUCCGCGACGAUCGAGAUCCUCAAGAAGGACAACGACGAGCGCAACGCGCGCGAGCAGUCGCAGGUCAAGGAGGAGAACAACACCCCGAUCCUCGGCGGCUCCCGCCUGAUGCUCACGCAAGGCCCAGCCGGACAACCAACCUCGCCAGCUCCCUACGCGCAGCCCAACGGCUUCGCGCCGCAACCAACGGGCUUCGGCGGGUUUUAGACGAUGACAACAAAUACAUGAGAUGGCCGAUAAUUAAUGGGAAAAAGUGCGUGGAUAUGUGAGGUGUUUCUCUUUCGAUGUAUUCCUUCGAGCGAGACGGGUCUUUUGGCUGUGGAAUUAUUUUCGCGCCAGGGCCAAUCCCAUUUCAGGUUCCGUUUUUUUUUCUUCAUGAUGAUUUGUAUUUAUAUGGAGGGAUGGUUUUGGGGCAUUCUGUGAUGGGGGAUGGGAGAUGCACAAAGGCAGGCGGGUGAUGUUGGGUGCGCUUCUUUAUGAUAUGGAGGGUGUUCAGACAGAUGACUUUGAGUUACAACUCGAGGUUUUGCUUGGCUUUGUAGGUAGCUAGAGAGAGAAUUCCAUGAGAUGUACUUUGACAAACC